AUGGGAGAAACACGUGACAGGGAGGGUGGGGAACUGGAGGCGCAAGAGUGGGUGCAGGCGAGUAGCGAGGAGGGGGGGUCUGAUGAGUGCGAGGAGGGCGUGAAUGACAAGGCAGCGACGCGACGGCGGAGAAUAGCCGCGGGUACCGCGUCCAGGAGGAGUGGGACCGCGAAGAGAUUAAAGGCGGAGUCAGGGAGGGGGAGCGGGAGAAAGACAUCCAAGGAGGAUUUGGAGAUUAAGUACGGGUUCAGUGACGCGGAGGUCGUCGCGGCGCGAUUCGCAUUGAUGGAAUGGUACGACGCGAAUAAGCGUGACCUGCCGUGGCGAGCGGCCGCAGUGAGCGAGCGGGCGGAGCAGAUGGAAGAGGGGAGCAACGAUAGCAAGGAGGCGCGGGAGGCAGGGGGGAAGGAGCGCGGGGAGCAGGGUGCGCAGGAGGCGGGGGAGGCGCGGGAGGCGCGGGAGGCGCGGGAGGAGCGGGAGGAGCGGAGGGCGUACGGCGUGUGGGUGAGCGAGGUGAUGCUGCAGCAGACGCGCGUGGGUGUGGUGGAGCCCUACUUCCGCCGCUGGCUGGCGCGCUGGCCCUCCCUGCCCUCCCUCGCCUCCGCCUCCCUCGAGGAGGUGAACAGCAUGUGGGCCGGCUUGGGCUACUACCGCCGUGCCAAGUACCUGCUGCAGGGAGCGCAGCACAUACAGCAGCAGCACGGGGGGCGCAUGCCGCGCACGGCCAGGGAGCUGCAGGCAGUGCCGGGCAUCGGCCCUUACACCGCCGCUGCCGUCUCCUCCAUCGCCUUCCGCCAGCCAGUGGCAGCGGUGGAUGGCAAUGUGAUGCGCAUCAUGGCGCGCCUGAAAGCCGUGCCACUGCCCAUGCAUGAGAGCGCCGCCACCUCCCUCUUCUCCCACCUCGCCUCGCAACUGCUGCACCGCGCCCGCCCCGGGGACUUCAACCAGGCGCUGAUGGAUCUGGGCUCCCUCGUGUGCGCGCCCUCCUCCCCCUCUUGCUCCUCCUGCCCCCUCUCGCCCCACUGCCGUGCCCUCGCACUGCAGCAGCAGGGGGCAUGCAGGGGGGAGGGGAGUGAGGGACGAGAGGGCCAGGGGUUAGUGAGAGUGACGGACUUUCCUGUGCGCAAGGCCAAGGCAGCUCCCAGGGAGGAGUGGGUGGCCGUGUGUGUGGUGGAGAGGAGAGGUGCGGGGGCACCAGCACUAGCAGCAUGGCAAGCAUCCGAGGCAUCAGCAGGUGUCUCGGCCAGAAAAGGCAGGCGCGCACACGGCACCUCCAGCGGCAACCAGGCUAGUAGUGAAGAACCUUCUCAGUACCUUCUGGUGCAGCGCCCGCCUACCGGGCUGCUGGCAGGGCUGUGGGAGUUUCCCUCUCUGGUUGUGGCCUCGGGCACAGGCAGGCCAGCAGAGGCGCAAAGGAGGCGGGCUGUGAAGCAGCUGCUGGGUCAGAUGCUUCCUUGUGUGACUAUAGAGGGGUCUGGACAGCUUAGCUCGGAGGGGAUAAUGCUGCAGGAGGGGGAGAAUAAAGUGGAGGGGAGCAAGUGGCGGGUGAUAGAGAAGCAUGACGUGGGCGAGACCUUGCAUAUCUUCUCCCACAUACACCAGCAUAUGCUCGUCGAGAGAAUUGUGAUUGUAGAAGGAGAGAAGGCAGGAGAUCCGGUUAUCUUGGAGUGCAACACAGGAAAUGCAGUGGCCAGAUUGAAAGGGAUGCAAGCUGCCAAAUCCUCUCUUUUCCACUCGCAUCGGCUGUCUGCGCCGAUUACCAGCCAUUCGCCGUUAUUCGCGAACUCCGCCAUGGCACCCAGUUUCGGCCGUCCCUGGUUCGCCAUUUUUAACACGAAUCCCGUGCAGGCCAAAGAAGAGAAGGCCCCGAUGCCGCCGUCGAUCGAUUUUCAGCCGUCGAUUCGCGUGAGCCAGUUCGGCGGGAAGAGCCAGCGGCAGCUCGCAGGGGUCUCCAGCAGCCCGCUCGUGCAGGACCACGUCGCCGCCGUCGCAAUGCGUGCCCGCCUCGAGAUGCGCAAGGGACUGCCGCAGAGCACCGUGCGCCUCCUCGAUCCUCCGACGAUGUCGCUGUCAAGCUCCGCCCCCCGAACCAGUCUUCCGCCGGCGGCUUCCGCCACACUAACCCCCCCGCUCAGCGCCAUCACUGAAGCCGUUUCCGGAAAGUCAAGCGCUACCAGUCAAAAUGCUUCCGCCAUUUCACCGGAACCUGUUGGGAUGAGAAAAAAUCCUUCCGCCAACCCUCCGCCGCUAACAAUUCCCCCGCUCGCGCCGAGCCUAUCCGCGCCCUUCACCCCCCACGGCUCGACCGCCAUGCAGCCGCCCCACACGCCUGGAUCGACGGUGGCAGCUCAGGCAACCGCAAUCGCGCCAAUGACGGCAGAAUCAGAUCUGGUGGCGGCGCCGCUCAAGGUGGCGGCGCAGUGGAGCCGAGAGGAGUGGCUGCUCGUGGUCCGCGCCGUGGAGGGCGGCGCGACAAGGUGCUUGAAAUGCCCGAAGCAGUCCGAUUCCAUGGCCGCCGCAACACACGGCGCCAUCCAUCUCAUCCAAAGCCUUAAAACGACAACUGCCGCUUCGACGCCAGGUGUGAACCCGGCCUCGAAUCCAGGCUCGGCGAAAGGCUCGGGAUCCGGUCCGGAGCAGUUUUCAUGCCCUGCCGCUCCCGCGGCAGUCGUCCCGAGAGUGGAGAUUCCCUCCUCGCCGUCGCGGCGUAAUCUGUUCUACACCACGUCAUCAGGGUCAUCUGAUGACACCACAUUCGUCGAUGAUUCCGCCACGCUGGCGAGUCGAACCUCGACCGGCUCCGCGUCGAAUUCCGACGACGACAACACCGUCAACGUCGCGACGCGAUACGGCAGCUACAGCAGUUUCAACAAUAGCAGCAUCAAGGGCGCUACGGCAGCUCAGGCGCUGUCCACGUUCAUGCUUCCGAGCCCCUCCGGUUGCCCCCGCACGCCCUUCUCGCAUCUCACGCCCCCGUCGCCCGCGAACCAGCUAGCCCGUGUCCGUUCCUCAGGCCACUCCGCGCGCUACAGCAGCUACGAGACAAAAGACGCCGGCCGCGCGGCCGAGCCUCCCUCACUGGCAGUCCCGCGGACAAUGCCUUUCGGCGCCAUGACGACGCGCCGCAGCGCCGACGCGUCUCUCCCAGUGCGAUCCGCGACGGCGGGCUCGGUGAGCGCAGCCGGCGCACGCGGAACGCUAAGCGGAGCGAGCAUGGGGAUGAGCGCGAGCGGCGUGCAGGUGGACGCGAUGAACCGCAAGCUGCUGACGGUGAUCACCAAAACGCACGAGAUCUUCUCGCGCGAUCUCACUCCCAACGGCUCGCAGGUCGCCGAUUACCUCCUCUCGCAGCUGCUCGAGCUCACGCAGUCCGAGUCGGGCUUCAUCGCCAGCGCGCUGAAGCGCGCCGAUGGGUCGCUGUACCUCAAGACGCACUCGAUCACGAACCUCGCGUGGAACCGCGACCUGCGCGCGUGGUACACGGAAAACGCGCCGAAAGGGCUCGUGUUCGGCAAUCUCAAGACCAUCUUCGGCCGCGUCGUGACGUCCGCUGACGUGGUCAUCAGCAACGACGUGCCCAACGAUCCGCGCGCGUCGGGACAAGGCGUGCCGCCCGGGCACCCGGUGAUGCGUAGCUUCCUGGGCGUUCCCUUGUUUUCCGGGCCAGACCUGGUGGGAAUCUACGCGGUGUCGAACCGCGAAGGGGGCUAUAACGAGGGGCUGCUGAUGAGCAUCCAGCCCGUGACUAAAACGGUGGCGCAGGUUGUGGUGGGCGUGCAGCAGCGGCGCAAGAAGUGGGAGGCGGAGGAGCGACUCAACGACAUGCUCGAGGCGACACAGCAUGCAAUGGUGGCGGUGUCGGCGGACGGCAAGCUCACGUGCGCCAACCGUGCAGCACGCAUGCUCUUUGCCCUGGAGAGCAGCACGGAGGGCGACGGCGAUGGGACAGGUGGCAAGCUGCCAUUGGGGCUGACUCUUGCGGAUGUGUUGGUCAGCAUCGAUGGCAAUGAUGACUACAUGCAGCGAGGCCUGGAUGCUUUCGCUGAGGAGUCACUUUAUGAGUGGUCGGCCGAGGGACGGCAGCACCGGCCGCACGGUGAAGAGGAUGAAGGCGUGGCCCCACGGUACUACGACGAGCGGCUUACAGUUGCAUCUGCGGACAUGAUCGCCCGUCGAAAGCUGAAGUCGCACAAAAAGAGCAAGAAGGACAAGAGCGAGGACAAGAGCGAGGACAAGAGCGACAAGAGCAGCAAGAGCGAUAAGAGCAGCAAGAAGAGCAGCAGUAAGAGCGUCAAGAGCGCCAAGAGCGUCGAGAGCAGCAAGAGCGACAAGACCAGCAAGUCAAGCAAGAGCAGCGACACGUCUAGCGGCGGGAGCGGAAAGUCCGUUAAAAACUGCAAGAAGUGCCGUUUGGGUAUUGCGGAAGCGGCGGGGGCGGGAAAGCAUAAGUCGGGCGUGUGGACGACGAACCCCGUGGACAAGUGCUGGUGGUCCGCGGACUGGAAGACCAACCGCCAGGAGCUCGGCAAUUGCGCUCCGGGAUUCGCCACAGGCACGACGGGCGGAAAGGGCGGAAAGCUGUACGUCGUGACGACGGAGGCGGACGACCCGGUGAACCCGAAGGAGGGCAUGCUGCGAUACGGCAUCAUCCAGGAGGAGCCGCUGUGGAUCGUGUUUGAGCGCGACAUGGUGUUCGACAAGCUCAAGGCGGAGAUGAUGAUCGCCAGCGACAAGACCAUCGACGCGCGCGGCCGCGCCGUCGUCAUUCAGAACGGCCCGUGCGCGCGCGUGGAGCGGGCUACCAACGUGAUCAUCGAGUCCGUCAUUUUCCGCAACUGCACCAUGCGCAGCGGCACAAUUAAGGUGCGGUCCGCGAGGGGCGUGGAGGUGAAGGAUUGGCGCGACGGCAACGCGGUGGAGGUGUGGGGGUCGACCAAGGUGUGGAUCGACCACUGCGGGUUCGAGAAGGCGCUCGAUACGCAAGUCAACAUCGUCGUGGGGUCGACGAACGUGGCGGUUACCAACAACUAUUUCGUGAACCAGGACGAAGUGAUGCUCAUGGGCAACGACGACUCGGAGACGGGAGACGACAACAUGCGCGUCACCGUCGGGCUCAACGUGUUCGGCCCCAACUGCAACCAGCGCAUGCCCCGCGGCCGGCACGGGCAGUUCCACGUGGUCAACAACUACUAUCCCAACGGCUGGGGCAUCUACGCCAUCGGCGGCUCCGCUAACGCGCGCUUCCGCAGCGAGGCGAAUUACUUCGUGGCGGGGGACGUGAAGGAGGUGACUAAGCGGCAGGACACGCACGGGUGGGCGGCGAAGCAGAUCAGCGACAAGACGUGGACUAAGAUCAAGGUGUCGAGCGUGGGCUGGCAGAACUGGCCGUGGCAGUCCAUCGGAGAUCACUUCGAGAACGGCGCCUUCUUCACCGAGUCGGGCAAAAAUGUCUUCGAGCCGCCCUACGUCUUUAAUGCCGUGCCCGCUAAGGACGUUCCCGUCGCUACCAACAGGGCCGGGCCGCUGUUCCGGCGGUAUCAGAAGCAGAUGUGA